GAGUUUAGACAUGUCUCCACGCGUUUCUUCAAAGGGAGGAAAUACGAUUAAUGGUCUUAACCAGCACUAUGAAGAGAAGGUCCGCCCAUGCAUUGACCUAGUGGACUCUCUCAGGUCAUUAGGUGUUGAAAAGGACCUGAACCUGCCAGCUAUUGCUGUCAUAGGUGACCAGAGCUCAGGAAAAAGUUCUGUGUUGGAAGCCCUGUCUGGAGUGCCGCUGCCUAGGGGAACAGGUAUUGUGACACGCUGUCCUCUGGUACUGAAACUGAAGAAAAUUAAAAAGGACAACAACUGGCAUGGAUUGCUGUCAUAUAAGGAUCAAAUAAAGCAACUGAAGGAUCCUGCUGAAAUAGAGAAUGCUGUCUUAAAUGCUCAGACAGUAUUGGCUGGAGAGGGAGAAGGGAUCAGUCAUGAGAUGAUCACUCUGGAGAUCCAGUCCAGUGAUGUCCCUGACCUCACUCUCAUUGAUCUGCCAGGCAUUGCUAGAGUUGCCACUGGAAACCAGCCAAAAGACAUCGAGAAACAAAUAAAAGAUGUCAUUGAAAAGUUCAUUAAAAGACAAGAAACCAUCAGCUUGGUUGUGGUGCCUGCAAACAUUGACAUCGCCACCACUGAGGCACUGCAGAUGGCAUUCAAAGUAGAUUCAACCGGACAAAGGACCCUGGGUAUUCUGACUAAACCGGACUUAGUGGACAAAGGCAUGGAGGAGACGGUGGUCAGAACAGUCAAUAAUCAAGUGAUACAACUGAAGAAGGGCUACAUGAUCGUAAAGUGCCGAGGCCAGCAAGACAUCAAUGAGAAGCUUGAUCUGGUCAAAGCGCUGGAAAAAGAAAGACUUUUUUUUGAUGAACAUGCUCAUUUCAGGUCUCUUCUUGAGGAAGGAAAAGCUACAGUACCCCUUCUUGCAGAAAGACUCACAAAAGAAUUGGUUGAACACAUUACUAAAACGCUGCCACAGUUGCAGAAACGACUUGAGAUGAAAUUAGAGAAGACGACUGCGGAUCUUAGAGCACUGGGAGAUGGAGUUCCAACUGAUGAACACGAGAAGAGCAAUUUUCUGAUUACGAAAAUUCGCCAGUUCAAUGAUGCCCUUGAAGGAGUAAAAAGGGCAGAAGAAGAUCUAAGCUCAGACAUGAGGGUCUUCACCAAAAUCAGGAAGGAAUUUGGAAGAUGGAAACGCGUUCUGGAUGACAAAACCAUAAAGACGGAGGAAACCCUCAGAGAUGAGGUAGAAGAGUAUGUUAGGAGUCUUAGAGGAAAGGAGCUUCCUGGAUUUGUGAACUACAGAACUUUCGAAAACAUUGUCAAGAAACACAUUGAGGAGCUGGAGGAACCUGCUUUAAAGCUGCUCAAAGAUGUCGCAGACAUUGUUCAUUCCUGUGUGAACCACCUUGUUAGCUCUCAAUUCAAGGCCUUCUCUCACCUAUUAAGGGCCACCAAAGAUCCAAUUGAAGAUUUUCUCGAUGAGCAGUUUCAGAAAGCUGAGGAGAAAAUACAGUCUCAAUUUAAGAUGGAGAGGAUUGUCUACUCCCAAGACCAUCUGUACAGCAAUCAGCUUGACACUGUAAAACAAAGUCUAACAGUUCUUGCGCAAAGGCAGUUCAUCAGUGCAGAUGUACGCGAGAUGACACAUCAUCUCACUGCCUAUUUUACGAUUACUUCUGACCGUCUGGCUAAUCAAGUUCCACUGAUAGUCCAGUAUCACAUGCUGGACCAGUACAUCUCUCAGCUUCAGAAUGCAAUGCUUGCCAUGAUUGGAGGGAACAAUCCAGGAAUGCUGCUCCAAGAAGAUUCCGGUGUUGCACGUAAAAGGAAAGAACUGAAAGAGCGACUGGAGCGCCUAAAGAGUGCAGGCAAAGUCCUGUCCAAGUUUGUGCAUUCUGUAUAAUUGUUAAGUGUCUGUUGUUCAUUAGUAUAUUUUUGCUGCACCAUUCCCAGAUG